AUGGCACAUCAAGCGAUCGGUGAGGCGAAUCAAGUAGUUGCAAUUGUUGGCGGUGGUCUCGGUGGUACUCUAUGUGCGUUGUUUUUUGCUAAACAUGGCAUCAAAGUGCAUUUGUUUGAACUCCGACCAGAUAUUCGUACGCAGAAAGUUGUCAAAGGUCGUAGUAUUAACAUGGCAUUAUCCCGACGUGGUCGUGAUGCGUUGGCAUAUGUUAAUUGUGAAGAUACAGUUGUUAAUAAUGGAAUACCAAUGCAUUCCAGAAUGUUACAUGAUUUAAAUUGUCAUACAACACCAGUGCGUUAUGGAACACAUCCGGAUCAUCAAAUCAUCUCGAUCGAUCGACGCAUUUUGAAUGAGUUAUUAAUAGAUGAGGCUUCUAAACAUCCAGAAAUCACGAUUCAUUUUCAACAUAAAUUUAUCAGUUGGAAUCGUGAAGACAAAAUUGCCACGUUUCAGAAUGUAUCUAACGACUACGUUGAAUUCAAAGUAGAUGCUUUAAUUGGCUAUGACGGAUGCCAUUCGUCUGUUCGUGCAGCGAUGAUGAAACUCGACUCGGUGGAUUUCUCACAGCGGUAUAUCGAUACGCAUUACAUGGAAUUUUGUAUUCCAGCAAAAAACAACGAAUUCGCAAUGGAUGUGAAUUACCUUCACAUUUGGCCACGUCAUGAAUUUCUGUUAAUUGCUUUACCUAAUCAAGAUAAAACAUUCACAACAACGCUCUUUCUUCCUUUACCACUUUUCCAGCAACUCACAACAGUCGAUGAACUUUUAGCUUUUUUCCAGAAAUACUUUCCUGACGCGAUUUCGUUCAUUGGACGAGAAAACUUAAUUGAAACAUAUUUCUCUUCGAAACCAUUACCAUUAAUUUCAGUUAAAUGUUCACCUCAUGCUUCCGUACAUGGUGAUAUUCUACUAAUGGGUGAUGCAGCACAUUCAAUGAUUCCAUUUUACGCACAAGGCAUGAAUUCUGCAUUUGAAGAUACGUUAGUUCUCUUCGAGAAAUUGAAAGAAACUAAUUUUAAUUUCCCGAAAGCAUUCGCUGAAUACAAUAAAACUCGUAUUGACGAUGCACAUGCUAUUGUCGACUUAUCCAUGUAUAAUCAUUACGAAAUGCGACAUUUAGUCACAACACGUUCGUAUUACUGGCGUAAGAAAGUCGAUAAUUUUCUUUAUCGAUUAUUUCCUCAAUGGUGGACACCUCUGUAUACAAUGGUGACGUUUACACGAAUUCCAUAUAAAAAAUGUAUGGAUUUACGUCGAGGACAGGAUAAAUUCUUAGGAAUUUGCCGUGGAAUUAGCUAUUCGAUUGCGGGUUUAUAUCUUCUCAAGCAACUUGUGGUUUAUGUUAUAAAACCAUUGGUUAUUCGAUUUCUAGCGAAGAGAUAUUUACCAAAUGCGGUCGCUGAUACAGUUGCUGAUACAGUGGCUUAA